AUGGCAUUCCCAACAAACGAGGUUUCGGCUACCACUAAUGAUGUUGACACUGUUUUGUACGAAAUAUGUGAAGUGCUCAAAGCCCAGGAAGACAGAUAUGAUGGUGUGGUUGUUGACAUUGGGCAUAUGCAAAACGAUGCUACUCGUUUUGCAGCUUCGCUCAGGGGAAAGAAGGGGGUGUGGAUUAAAGUGCCCAAGGGCCAGGCGAAGCUAGUCCCCGUUGCGAUUGAGGUGGGAUUUUGGUAUCACCAUGCUGAGCCUUCAUAUGUGAUGUUAGUGUAUUGGAUCCCUCAAACUCCUCCUACCAUCCCUGAUAAUGCUUCACAUCAAGUGGGAAUUGCAGCUUUUGUAUUCAACGAGGAGGGACAGGGGGAAGGCAUUAAGGAAGGGGCCAUAAGAGAAGUUCACGAAGAAACAGGGAUUGAUGCAGAAUUGGUAGAAGUGGUUGGCUUCAGGGAUGGUCACAAUGCCCCUUUUGGAAAAUCGGAUAUGCUCUUCGUGUGUAUGUUGAGAUCCGUUUCUUCUAAUAUUGUGGUGCAAGAUACCGAAAUUUCUGCAGCCAAGUGGAUGGCGAUAGAAGAAUUUGCAUCUCAACAUAAAAAUCAGCAAAGCAAACUUUUAAAAGAUAUGAUUGGCGUGUGUUGCCAACGUCAACGGACGAUGUAA